GAAUCUUUAUUGCUUCUGCUACUACUACUACUACUACUACUCAAAAGCUCCCUCUUGCAAAGUUGGUCAUCGUAGUUUAUUUUGGUUGCCUUGGCGACGGAGACAAACAUGUUUGGCGUUUUUGGUGCACCCAGGAUGUAUGGAUCUUAUGCAAGAUUUAACCGGAUGUGCAUUAAGCCUUUUGCCAGUUUUCAGCAUUUACACCCAAAUCCUCAGAUAAGGGAGCCAGGACAAAAAGCAGUGGUUCAUCCUGUCUGUUAUCAAAUUCCUUGUAAUUUUGCAUCAAGUAGGCACUUCUGUAACAGUGCAACAUUUGACGACAUAACCUAUGAGCACAUCAGUGAUGAAACUUUGGAAAGUCUGUCGGAAUAUCUUGAGGAACUGGUUGAAACUGAGGAUAGUCUUGUAGAUGCAGAUGUGUUGUAUUCUUCUGGUGUUUUAACCCUGAACCUUGGUGAAGUUGGUACAUACGUAAUUAACAAGCAGUCUCCUAAUAAACAGAUAUGGUUUUCUUCUCCAUUUAGUGGCCCAAAAAGAUAUGAUUAUAUUGAUGGUGUAUGGAUCUAUAAGCAUGAUGGCAUUUCCUUGCAUGAUUGUCUGAGUGAUGAGUUAUCAGAAGUGUUUAAAAGAAAAAUAGAUUUGUCUCUUCUAUCGUAUGGGAGUAGAGAGAACUAAUUAUUGACCAUUUUUGUCAUUGUUAGACUUGGAAGUGGUGAUAGGGUUUACAACUUUUAACAAUAGGGGUGUGAUUCUCUAGGACCACAAGAAGUGUAAAUAGGUUUUAUUUUUAUUUUUAUUUUUUUUUACUGUACAUAAAUUCUACUUUGAAAU